AUGCCCCACUGCCCCCUGAACUAUACCACUUGUACCAAGUUGCCUCUUAAAGUAUUUUUUGAGAUGUUUUACCCCUUGAAUUUUAAAUCGUUACCUCAUUUAGUCUUCGGAGCCAGCAACGUCUCAAAGAUGCUAAUGGAAGUGCCGGAGAGCCAACGCUCCGACACAGCUGCGAACAAUCUUGUUUACGAGGCGCAUGUGAGAGUAAGAGAUCCGGUUUAUGGCUGCAUGGGUGAUAUUUCAGCUCUGCAACAACAAGUUCAAUCUUUACAAGCUGAACUAAACGCAGUAAGGGAUGAGAUAAUAAAAUACAAGUGUAGGGAAACUAACCUUAUACCACCACCUUCCUCCCAUGUACCCAUGCUCUCACCUGGGGAUGUUUCAGUGGCUGCACCACCACCGAGCACCACUCAGCCGCCGCCUCUUCCUCCGCCACCUCCUCCUUUUCCUACUGCUACCGCCGUUACUACUUGUUCCAUAUACACUCAACCCACCGCUGCUGUAAACUAUAGCACCAUUUCAAAAGAUAAUGUUUCCUACUUUGGGUAAAAA